AAACCCCUCUUUCCCUUUCUUUUCAGUUCAGCUCCUGAAUCCCUCAACGGAAUCCAGAAAUUAAAGCAAAUCAAUGGCACUGGCAAUGGCAUCGACGACAGCAACCGGUUCAGAAGAACAAUGCCCGACGCUGAAACUCAUAGUGGAAAAGGGCCCACUUUCGGGCCAAACCUUUGACUUCAGAUCCGGAUCACGAAUCCAAAUCGGUAGGGUCGUCCGCGGUAACAGUAUAACUAUCAAAGAUGCCGGCAUUUCCUCCAAGCACGUAGUAAUCCAAUAUGCAUCAAAUUCACAUCCGGAUCCUGGCCCGAAAAGCUGUCAAUGGACUAUAACGGACCUCGCGUCCUCAAAUGGCACCAUCUUGAACGAUGCCCAGCUCGAACCCGCCGAAUCCAGUGUUCUAUCUGACGGUGACGUUGUCAAGAUAGGUGAGCUAACUUCGAUUAGAGUCAAAUUUGAAGCGACAGGUCGCCAGGGUGAGGGUAAUAUUGGUAAAACCAGGAGGAAUCCGAGGCGAGGGACAGCGGCUCAAGGACAGAAGGUGGUGGAAUUGGCGGUGAUUGACGAGGAUUCCGAGUUAGGGAUUGAAGAUAGAUUGGGGGAUAGGAAAAAUUUGAGGGGAAGGGAUAGAAGUGGAAAAGAUGUGGUUAUGGAAAAUGAAGGUGGAGAAUUGGUAAAGAAUGACGAGAGAAAGGUGCAUGGAAGGAGGGCGAUGGGGUCGAAUAGGGCCUUGGAAAAUCGUUCUGAAGAAAUGGAGAACAAAACGGAGAAUGCGGGGAAAGUGAGUGUGAGCUUGAGGAGGACUAGGAGGGCCCAGAAGGAAGUGAAUUCAGGGGCUUUUGAAAAUGGCAAAGAAGAAAUUGCGGAAGAAAUGGAAUAUGUAUGGGAAGUUAAGGGGAAAGGAGGGAGGAAUGCAACUACAAGGAGGACUAGAAGUUCAAAAGAGGAAGAGAAGUUGGAAGAUUUGGAUGAAAUUUGGGAUGGACCGAGUUUGAUGAAAGCAGUGCAGAGAGGGAGUGUUCGGAGCACAAGGAGUUCAAUAAAGGAAGAAAAAAUCGGUGAUACUGGACUUGAUUUGGGUGUAACUGAGGGUAGAAAGACAAGGAAAGCCACAAGAGGCAAGAAGAAUUUACCUGUUGAAACAGAUGAAGAGGAAAAAGCGGUGGAAAAAAUGAAUUCAAAGCAUGAAAUGUGUGAAGGAGAGAAAGCGAAAUUAGAAGAAGAUGGAGUCGAUGGGUUGGUGAAGGAGGGGACAAAUUUGGGAGGAGAAGGUGAUGCUGGAUUGGCUAGUGCCUCUGGGACGAAAGGAAGCAGUGUUGAAGUAGAUAGGGAGGAAAUGGUUGAUUUGGACACGAUGACACUCGGGGAAUGGUUUGAUUAUUUAGAAGUUUACCUUCCUAAACAAAUCAUUGAUGCCACAGAGGAGAUGAUUUUGGAGAUGAGGCAUAAAGCAGAGAAACUUCAUGAAUUUAUGUCACUGGAGAAGAAUGCUAAGCAGAAGGAUGGGGUGGCUAUUGGCUAGAUACCGAACUACCUUCGGCAGUUUGAGCUUUUUGGUAAUUUGAAACUGCGUUAAUCACUUUUUAAUGCUUUAUAUUAAAAGAAACUUUUGAUGGAUUAACUGUAAAUGUCUGUAUUGUUCACAUAUUUAGCUGUGUCCGUAGUUCAGUGAUGAUUAUGUUGUUGAACCAGUUAAGCAGAUUAGUUAUGUAUGUUACGCUCGAUCAAUUUAGUACAUUGGGGAAAUAUUGGAAGUGCUAUUUGAAUAGUAAUCUGCCAGCCAAACUUUCAAGGUGUUUAUUACCU